GAGAUAGAGUCAAAGGUGGAGGAAAAUAAUAAUAAAAUAGGAAAGAUAACUAAAGAACAGAGUAACAUGCAAACAUGUAUAGCAAACCUAAUGGAAGAAGGAGUAAAAUCAAGGGAGAGAUACGGCAUGUUAGAGAAUGCCAUAGGUGGACAACAAUUAAAGUUAACCAAAUUAUACAGUGAAAUGAACGAAAAUAAAAAAACUAUGGACAAUAAAUGGACCGCAAAUGAAGAACAAGUUUCCAGAAUAGAGACAUGCAUAGAAAACAUCCCAGCCAGCAGAAUGCAUUAUGUGCCGACUGAACUUAUAAAUGGUGCUCAGCUUUUCCAAAACCUUGGAAAAUUUGAUAACUCCUACCGUCACAUGCAACCCAGACCAUUUGUGGAUCAAAUAAGAGCCGUUCAGGAACUGAUACCCACCUCUUGGCUAGUAUGGCAUUUCCAAUUGUCCAGUCUACUACUCGGUGAGCCACUAAUGUUUUUCCAGAGCUGGGUGCGAGAUCUUAAGAGCCUGGAUGAUUUCCUCUCCCAGUUCCUGCAACAAUAUUGGAGCAAGCAUAAGCAGUUGGAUGCACUAUCCGAAAUUAUAUCAUGCACAUAUGAUAGUAGAGGCGAGCAAUCUUAUACAGAGUUUGUGGCUAAUGUAAUGUAUAGGAAUUCCCAACUGGACGAAUCUCUAGCCGAUUCAUCACUAGCUAGUAUACUAUUCAAAAAGCUUCCCUUCCCUGUUUGCAUGACACUGGCGGUAUCUUCCAUUUCCAGUUGUAAAGAACUGAUAGAACAUUUACAUUGUAUCCAAUCCAUUACUUCUGAACCAAGUCAGGUAAAUUAUCAAGCGGGAAAUUCCAAUCAUUCUCUUCAGAAUAAUAGCAAUAAUUUCAGAAAAAAUUAUAAUAAUGAAAAUCAUUUAGCAAAUACUGGGGCAAAUGCGCAAAGUGCAAAGUAUGCUGAGAAUACCAACAGAGGUCAAUCAUUUGAUAAUAAUUACAGAAAUAGGUUUCAAUACAGAAACAGUAAACAGUAUUACAAAGGAGCAUAUUAUGAUAACAGAGAUCGUCUGAAUAGAUAUAAUAAACAGGAUGUAAAUUUCAGAAAACAGGACAAACAUAAUCAAAAUCAUCAUAGAAUAGACACAUCAUAUACAGUGGCAUGCACAAUAAAAACAAACCAACAACAACAUGCAGAUAACCAACAACCAGAACAAAGCCACCACCACAACAACCCGCCACCAAAGUCAAACAUGCACCAGGACCAGCCCAUAAACAACAACCUAUAUUAAGUCUACUAUUCCCCCCCCCCCCAAAGAUCUACCACUAGUAACCAACCCACUACUGAAAACUAUUUGUAGCAUUAACACAGAAACAAUUAAAGAAUUACCAAUAAUAAAAUCAAAAAAUGAUUUACCACAGUCAUGCACUGAACCUGUGCACCAGCAUGCAAACCCCCCACAGCACCCCAAGUUUGAGCAGCAGCCACAUGCUACACCUAUGCCGCCAAACAUCGUUUGAUCCACCUGCGGCACACUAAAUUCAAGGAGCAAACCGCCACCAAGGAAAGCAGGAUGUGUGACUGACAGGAUGACGUCAGAGUGAAACAUGGAAUCCAACACAGGAAGGCCCACUGGAGAAAGCAACAAGGAAAGCCCCAAAAAAGAGGUUAUCGUCCCCAUGCAAGGUUCAAACACUGCAAGAAACAUGCCCAGAAACCAGGCAACCAUGGGAGGAAGGCAGCAUGCAGAGAGGACAACUGGCACCGAAAUGUAUGGGAUAAUGAGACCAUCAUGCACCCGACGCACACACGGUUCAAGCAAGCAGCUUACCGUCAUGAUUGCAGUUAUGGAAUAAAUAAAAGGAACAUGCCCAAAAACCAGGAAAAAUUGAUAAUGGAUACAGGUUUAGAAAAUGAUGAAAGAAAUUAUUGUAUGAAAUUAAUGGAUGAUGAAAUAUGUGCAACAAGACAGAAAGGAAUAGUGAAUUGUUUAUUGGGAGAGAAAGUACAUGGUUAUUGUUCACUAAGAGGUUAUAUUAUGAGUAUAAUAAGUAUGUUGAUUUGCUUUGUUAUGAUUAUUGGUAUGACUAUGAUGUCAAUUAAAGAAUAUGUUAUUAAUGCAAUGAGGAAUGAGGGCGUGCCAUAUGUUGAGAAAGUUGAUUCUAGAUUUUACAAAAAUAAUUUGAAACCCAGAAAAGCUCAGGAUACACAAAGUAAAUAUUCUAGGCUAUCCCAAAUCUUGGAAUUAUUAUAGAAUUGGUCAUCUAAACCACCAAACUAUUUACAGAUAUCAAAGUUCAAUGUCUCUAGCCUCAAGCUGUAUCAUUGUAACAUUUAAAGAUGAGAAAAGUAAACAAAAAUAUUAUGAUGGAACUGUCAUUUACAUUACCAAUUGCCGAAUACGUACCUGUAUCAAAUACCACACAAUGCAGUUAUCCAGCCGACAAGUUAUCCACUUUGACCAGCUAAACCAGUGCCUAAAACAAGGAAAUGGAAAAUUUAGAAGCCAUCAAUACCAUCAUAAUCUCUCACAAACCAAUUUAAUAAUAAUUAUUCCAACUAAAAGCCAACUUACCAUGCAAGUCAAAGAUCACAAAAUGGUGACAGAUGAGUAAACCAGAAUCCAACAAAAUCGACUGUUCCCUGCCUUAAAUCCAAACGGCCAAGGCCUAAUGAAUCACGACCUACCAAAAUAUCUUAUCCCCGAAGUGUUCAAGUGUCAUAAAAAUGUAAAUUAUGUGUAAAAUAUUGUAAAAAGUACUUUAUAUUAUUAAUGUGUUAUAUAAAGGGAGAAAAUAUUAAAAUUAUCUACCAAAUGAUAAAACCGCAUUGUUCAACCAAAGUAUAUUAAGCCAAACUUUCAUGUGUUUUAAUGACUAAGAAUUUCUUGUUGAUAAAUUACCAACGACUAGCUAUUAAAAUUAUUCAUUAUGUAAACAUAAAGCCCAAAUUAAUUAAGAAAGAAAAAUUAAAUGUACAAGUCAUGAUACGAUAUAGAGUGAAUAGAAAUGUUAGAUUUUACAAGCCUGAGAAUUAUAGUGUUGUUUGGUUGGCAAUGAUUUUGCACCAAUGUUCAAAUUACUUUGAUGGCAUGUUGCCGUAAAGAACCACUUCUAGCAGAGGGCAGAAGUAUUAUUUGACAAAGAUGUUUAUGUUUAUGUGUAGAGGAGGAGAUGAUUUAUAUUUGUGUAUUGUAUGUAGUAGGAGAUUAGCCGAUGUAAGGCAUAUAUAUUUGAAUUGAAUUCACUUGUUAUUAUACUUAUUGUUGUACUUUUAAGAGACACGUUUCUCACAAGAUCUAUCAACAGGCUUUGUAACUUGCAUGAUUCCUGAUCCAAAACUAACAGGAUCAUAAAAACUAUAUUGUACUCCCAAAUUAUCAUUUUGUAUCAGAAAUCAGAGGGCGCAUUAUGUGACGUGGUGUUGUAGCACCAUGGAAUACUUUUGAAAUAAAACAAAUGAGCUUUAAUAAAAUUGUAAAAAAUUGGAAAGAAUAGAUAGCCUAGUCAAGGUACCGCUCAAGUAAAAUCGAAUGUUAUUUAUGAUAAAGAGUAAUCAUGUUAUCUAUUGAGCAAUAGCAAUAAGAGAACCAUGCAAAAUUGUAAUUAAACAAUAAUGAGAAUUCUUUGGCAGUUAAUAAAAUUAUAAAGCGGCUUGUUUAUUAUUGGUAGAUUAUAAAAAAUAAAAGAUUGCAUGUACAUUUUGAGGUUAGAAUCUUUGUUUUGAUUUAAUACAUCAAUUGAUCUAUGAUCAAUGGACAGUUUUUUGAAUCGAUACCUAACAAACCAGCUGAUUGCUCAAUCAACUAUUACAAAUUGAAUUAUAAUUUUUACUCAUAAAAUAUAUAUUAUAUAUACUAGGGAGGGUUUAUUUAAAUAGAUAAGGACAACUAUUAUUGUUACACGAGUAUUUAUUGAAAUCUAAAAAAGUAU